CCGAAAGGAAGAAAUACACGCACACAGAAACACCACUCCGCGUUCUAUCUAUCGGCCGGCGCGGCGAUGUCGUCGGGGAAGGGGAAGGCGAAGGUGCCGGUGGCGGGGCGGCGGAACGUGUUGGUGACGAGCGCGCUGCCGUACGUGAACAACGUGCCGCACCUGGGCAACAUCAUCGGCUGCGUGCUCAGCGCCGACGUCUUCGCGCGCUACUGCCGCCUGCGCGGCCACAACGUGCUCUACGUCUGCGGCACCGACGAGUACGGCACCGCCACCGAGAACAAGGCCCUCGAGGAGGGAUGCUCCCCUCUGGAGAUAUGCGACAAGUACCAUGCAAUCCACAAGGAAGUGUACGAGUGGUUCAACAUCAGCUUCGACCACUUUGGCCGGACGUCCACCCCCCAGCAGACAGAGAUAUGCCAAUCGAUUUUCAGCAAACUGCUGGACAACAACUGGCUCUCAGAGAACACAAUGCAGCAGCUCUACUGCGAAUCAUGUCAAAGGUUCUUGGCGGAUAGAUUCGUCGUGGGUUCAUGCCCCGUGGAGGGGUGCGGCAACGACACCGUGUUAGAAUUAAUGGGCUAGGCCCAUAGCAAUUUUUGAAAUCUCAAAGCCCAUGUGUAAAAUGGCAAGUGGUGGUGCUAAGUUUAAUCCCACCUUGAAAGUUGAAGAAGAGUUGGACCUCUUUAUAUAGUGGGUUCUCUCCACCACUCUAAGUGGUGUGUGAGAAGAGAAAGGGAAAACCACACGC